AUGCAGCUCACUACUGGCUUCGCCGUCUGCCUAUCCCUCUUUUCCGGUGUAUUCGCCAGUCUAACGACCGGCGUACAGGCGAACAUCGUUAGCGAGGCUGAGCUCAUGCAUUGGCUCAAGACGACGGACGCCGAGCUCACCUUCGUCGGCGAACCGAUCCCCGGCAUCAACGCCCCCGAAGGCCUCGCAGCCCGCGCUGCCGAAACUACCAAAGUCAUCUACUGCAGCACGCGCAGCUUGAACGUCUGCGGUGGCCGAUGCACGGUCUACAAUGGCGGACCGGCGUGCUUGAACGCUCCUAACACGAACUGUUUGAGCGCGACGCACAAUGUUGCGUUCUGUGGCGCCAAGGGAUGCAACUAUCCAUGCACCGAGUAUGCUCACUGUGAAUCCCCUAUGGACGAUGGGUUUUGCUUUACCCCUUACACCAACGCAAUCCUGGUCGGAAACUACUGA